AAUCACUUAGCUGAAGGAAUGGGGAUGAUCUUCAACGAGYCAUUCCCCCAUCAGCCUCCUGCACCCCCCGGAUUUCCAACAUGCCAGGAAUUCAGCCAGGAUCACAGCAGUUUCAGUAGUUAUACAAAGRAAAACAAGGAGUGUUUGGAUGACAGUAAAUACUGUGCACGUGUCGGUACAGGGGGGAGCAGUAAUGAGAACAAAGACUGUCAGGGCACGUGGAUUUAUCUGGUGAUCACGUGCUGUGCGCUGAUUUGUGCUUUGUUGGCUCUGGUCGUCAAUAUCUUUCUGUGGUGUGUGAUGAAGAAGAAAGCAAAGAAAAGGGUCGGAGUAAACGAUAUUACUAUGAAACCUUGAAACAAGCGCCUACUAUUAAGGCUCAUAAAGGUGUAUUAAUUUACUAGCCUACAUUUUUUGUCAUUGUGUCGUCCAUCUCCUCUCA